AUGAUAAGAACAACUCUAACCUGUAAAAAAAUCGUUUCAAAACAACUUUUCACUCACCUGCCUACAUCCAAUUUAGAAACAAUAGUUUUAUCUCCCUACAAAGGGGUGGCAAUGGCACGGCCGGUUAAGAGGCAAGCACAAGGAGGAGCAGCAGCAGGAGCACAAGAUGACAUUAAGGAGGAACACCUUUUGGCUUUCAUUGUGAAGGACAAACAUGAUGAUGAGAAUGAAUGCAAAAAAAGGCUCAAGGAAUAUUGUGAAGAGUUGAAGAAAGCAGAUGAGAAAUUCAAUGUGAAUGAGAAAGUUAAAGAACUUUGUGGUGCUGGUGAUGAUACAAAACGAGACAAAAAAUGCAAAGACCUGGAUGUUGAUGCAGAAUUGGUAACUUUUGAAGAUGAACUUAAAAAUGCAUUAGCAGAUAUAAAAGAUGAAAAUUGUAAAAAACAUGAAGAAAAAUGUAUACUUUUAGAAGAGACGGGUGAUGAUGAUGUUAAGGAGAAGUGUGUCAAGUUGAGGGAAGGAUGUUACAAAUUGAAGCGUGAAAAGGUGGCAGAGGAGCUUCUUUUCAGGGCGCUCGGAGGGGAUGUUAAAGAUAAAUGUGAACUAAAGAUGAAAGAUGUUUGCCCAGUGUUAAGCCGAGAAAGCGACGAGCUGAUGUCUUUUUGCCUUGAUCCGAGUGGAACGUGUGGAGAGCUGAAAACAAAAUUGAAGGAUCUUUGCGAGCCUUUAAAAGAAGAGCUUAAAGAUGGCGAAUUAGAGAAAAAGUGUCAUGAAAGACUUGAGAAAUGUCAUUUUUACGGAGAAGCGUGUGAUGGUGCGAAAUGCAAGGACUUUGAGAAGAAAUGCAAGGGAAAAGGAAUCACAUAUAAAGCGCCGGAAUCUGAUUUUAGUCCUGUCAAGCCGAAGGCGUCGUUGUUAAGAAGUAUUGGGUUGGAUGAUGUGUAUAAAAACGCGGAAAAACAUGGGAUUAUUAUUGGAAAAUCAGGAGUGGAUCUACCAAGGAAGUCGGGUACAAAAUUUCUGCAAGAUCUCUUGCUACUGUUGAGCAGAGAUGAGAAUGAUAGGGAUGCAGGGAAGAAAUGCACUAAAGCGUUAGAAAAAUGUGGUGCUUCUAAGUAUUUGAAUACUGAUUUGAUGGAGUUAUGCAAAGAUGCUGAUAAAGAAAAUAAAUGCAAAAAAAAGCUAGAUGUAAAAGAAAGAUGUACAAAACUCAAGUUAAAUCUUUAUGUGAAAGGGUUGUCUACGGAGUUUAAAGAAGAUAAAAAAUCACAUCUUUUAUCGUGGGGACAGCUUCCAACAUUAUUUACGAAGGGAGAGUGUGCAGAACUUGAGUCGGAAUGUUUCUAUUUAGAAAAUGCGUGUAAAGAUAAUGAGAUUGGUGAAGCGUGUCAAAAUCUACGAUCAGCGUGCUAUAAAAAGGGACAAGACAGGAUGUUGAAUAAGUUCUUUCAAAAGGAAUUGAAGGGAAAGCUUGGUCAUGUAAGAUUUUAUAGCGAUCCUAAAGAUUGUAAAAAAUAUGUGGUAGAAAACUGUACAAAACUUAAAAAAGAUAAAAGAUACCUUUCAAAAUGUCUUUAUCCUAAAGAACUAUGUUAUGGGCUUUCAAAUGAUAUUUUUCUCCAAUCCAAAGAGUUAAGUUCGCUUUUAGAUGAUCAGAGAGAUUUUCCAUUUGAAAAGGAUUGUCUUGAAUUGGGAGAGAAGUGUGAUCAACUUAGUAGUGAUUCAUUAUUGAAUUUAGAAAAGUGUAUAACAUUGAAAAGACGCUGUGAAUAUUUUGACGUUACAGAAAGAUUUAGAAAAGUAUUUUUAGAAAAAAAGGAUGAUUCGUUAAUGAUUCAGGAAAACUGUACAAAGGCAUUGCAUGAGAAAUGUAAUACUUUAUAUAAGAGGAGAAAGAAUUCAUUUAGUGUUUCAUGUGCUUUACCAGAAGAAACAUGUAGUUAUAUGGUAUUCCACACAAGUCAAGAUUGUAAAUAUUUAAAAGAAAACAUCAAGAAUGGAGGAAUUGUAGGAAAAAUUGGAGGAGCAAAUGGAAAUGAAACAGCACUUGAAGAACUCUGCACAACAUGGGGCCGACAUUGUCACCAACUUGUGAAGAAUUGUCCGGAUCAAUUGAAAGAAAAUAACAAUGAUCAAAACUGUGAAAAACUCGAUGAAAAAUGCAGGGAUACUUUUGAAAAGUUGAAAGCGAAGGAUGAUUUGACUCAUCUGUUGAAAGGAAAUUUAAAUAAUGAAGAAAAAUGUAAAGAAGCAUUAGGAAAGAAUUGCACUGAGUUGAAAAAGAAUCAACCAUUCAAAAUUCUGCUUAGUGAUUGUGAAAAAGAUAAGCAAAAUGUUUGCAAAGAAUUAGUUGAAAAACUAAAAAAGAGAUGUCCUACUUUAAAAGCCGGUCUGGAGAAUGCGAAAAAAGAGUUGACAGAGAAGAAAAAAGAAUACGAUGAGCUCAAACAGGUAGCAAAAGAAUCUACGGAGAAAGCUAAGUUAUUACUAUCGAAGCCUCGACAAACUGUAACUCCAAAUGCGCAGAAUGGCAGUGAUUCUGGAUCAGCACCACCAGCACCACCAGGGCCACCACCAGCACAGCCACCAUCAACUGACGGAACGGCAAACACGUCAGGUGUAACACCAGGAGCACCAGAUGGAACACCAGGCACAACAGGUGAGACGAAGAAUCCAAGCCUUGGACUCGUUAAAAGAGAAUAUGUAGCUGAAGGAGUAUCAGAAGUAGAAGUAAAAGCAUUUGAUGCAACGACGAUAGCAUUGGAAUUGUAUUUGGAAUUGAAAGAAGAAUGUAAAGCUUUAGAAUUAGAUUGCGGUUUUAAAGAGGAUUGUCCAGAUACUAAACAAGCUUGCGAAAAUAUAGACACUUUAUGUAAACUGGAACCAUUAGAAAUUAAGCCUCAUCAUACAGAGACAAUAACAAAUAAGGUGACGGAAACGAAGACGGAAACAAAGACUGAAACAAAGACUGAUGACAAGGCUGAUGAGAAGACCGGUACGAAAACUGUUACAGAAACCAAGACAAUAGGUGGAGGAAAAGUAACAGAAGAGUGUACAAUGAUACAAACAACAGAUACAUGGGUGACGAGUACGUCAUUGCAUACGAGUACGACAACGAGUACGUCAACGGUGACGUCGACAGUGACGUUGACUUCGAUGCGCAAGUGCAAGCCUACCAAAUGUACUACUGAUUCAAGCAAAGAGACACAGAAAGAAGAAGAAGAAGAAGUAAAACCAAAUGAUGGGAUGAAAAUAAGAGUUCCUGAUAUGAUUAAAAUAAUGUUGUUGGGAGUGAUUGUUAUGGGGAUGAUGUAA